AUGGCGCGCCGUCGAACCUCACACAGUGAGGCCGCCAUGAACGAGGCCUUCGCCUACCCGUUCGCUCACAUGCAGUCCAACGGCCAUUCGCACUCGCCGCCGCCUCCACAACGCCGCGGUCCGAUCGAGGGCCCCAAUGGCCGCCGCCUCGUCCGCCGCGUCACCUGGCGCUCGUCAACGUACAAACUCAUGGCUUCGCUGUGGGUGCUCGGGUUAUUCUACAUCGUCUGGCUGAUUCGUGAUAUGUUCUAUAUGCCUUUUUCGGCAGCAGAGCCCAGUCCCUCCGCUCAUGCGGUGAAUUGA